AGUAGUGGAUGAUGGCAACAAGUAAUGUAGUAUUAGUCCAUGAAGAAAACACAUACAGAAAUCUUCACCAACCGGCUGUUAUUAUUGGUGGAUGUUUUGCUCUUGCAGCUGUUAUUCUCUCUCUUUUUCUCAUUCUUCAACAUCUCAGAUCAUACACCAAUCCUGCUGAACAAAAAUGGAUAGUAGCGGUUUUGUUCAUCGUUCCUGUCUAUGCUAGUGAGUCAAUUUUAUCACUGUGGAAACCGAGGUUCUCUCUUGCAUGCGACAUUUUAAGAAAUUGCUAUGAAGCAUUUGCCCUGUAUUCUUUCGGAAGCUAUUUGAUUGCUUGUCUAGGUGGAGAAAGAAGAACCAUAGAAUUCCUUGAAAGUAAAUCAAGAAAGCAGCUCAGUAAGCCAUUAUUAGCUGAAGAGAAUCAAGUUUCGCAAAAAGGGUGGUUCAGUAACUUCUUCUUCCGACCAUGUGAUCUUGGAAAAGAUCUAUUCUCAAUACAAAAGUUAGGUCUCGUACAGUAUAUGAUUCUGAAGACACUUUGUGCAUUCUUGGCAUUAGUGUUGGAGCUCUGUGGUGUUUAUGGUGAUGGGGAAUUCAAGUGGUACUGUGGGUAUCCAUACAUUGCAGUAGUGCUGAACUUCAGCCAGAUGUGGGCAUUAUAUUGCCUUGUCAACUUCUACAAUGUAACUCAUGAAAGACUUCGGCCAAUAAAGCCACUAGCAAAGUUCAUAAGCUUCAAGGCUAUUGUGUUUGCAACUUGGUGGCAGGGUGUGGGUAUUGCGCUAUUAUGUGCAUUAGGAGUUCUUCCCAACAAAGGAAAACUGAAAAACGGAUUGCAGGAUUUUUUAAUUUGCAUUGAAAUGGCCAUUGCAGCAGUUGCUCAUAUGUUUGUCUUUUCGGCCGAAUUCUAUCAUUAUCUUCCAGCUCCUGAGCCUGGAAAAUUAACUACCAGAAGAACCGAAGAAAGACUAAAGUUAGAGGAGAAAGACAAGAAACCAGCCAUGCUUGAGAAAACUAAAAUUCAAAUUGAGGCACCUGGAACAAGCAUCAGUGAAAGUGUUCAAGACAUAGUUGUUGAAGGUGGCCAACGAGUUGUCGAAGAUGUUGUGUUGACCAUAAAUCAAGCCAUGGGACCUGUGGAGAAGGGUGUGACAAAAAUCCAAGAGAAGCUCCAUUCUAAAUCGUUGAGUUCAGAUGACAAGGAAGGAGAGUGGGAGUUCAAAGUUGAGGAACAUGUAGAAGAAAAUCUAACUGGAACCAAAAAUUUUGCUUGAGUUUAGAGAAAAAUAAUUAGUUAAGACUCUGAUGGAGAUGAAC